UCUACUCAUAAGCAUUGUUUGCUUUCUGCUUCUAAAACCUCCUAUCUUUUUUUUAAGAAGAACAAGAUUCUUGAUAUAACAUCAAUAUUCAAGCCCUUUUUGCAAGAUGUCAACCUUUCUGUUGGCUUUGUUAUCAUCUCUAGCAAUAUUGUGGAGGCGCUUGGUGUCAAAGUAUACCAGAUUGCCUUAGUUGUUCAACUACGGAAUUAGGUUCUUCUAAGCAGAUGAAGAAUGGAUCUCGGUUUGCUGGGAUACUUUAUAAUAAUCCCCAAAAUAAUCCAGACUUUUACAACUGGAAUAGGGUGAGGGUGAAGUAUUGUGAUGGUUCAUCUUUCAGUGCUGAUAACGAACAAGUUGACCCUGACAACAAGCUGUUUUUUAGAGGGGCAAGAAUAUUUAAGGCCAUUAUGAAAGAUUUAUGGAGCAAAGGCAUGCAAAAUGCUGAAAAUGCAAUUUUGAGUGGAGUUUCAGCAGGAGGGUUGGCUACAAUCUUGAACUGCGACAAGUUCAAAUCCCUCUUGCCAAAUGAUGCCAAAGUUAAGUGUGUCGCAGAUGCAGGCUUUUUCAUUAAUGGCAAGACAAUCUCUGGUACUUCAGAUAUUCAAGAGAUGUAUCAGAGAGUUGUGACAUUACAUGGAUCGGCUAAGAAUUUGCCUCCAUCUUGCACAUCUGCAAUGGAACCAAGUCUGUGCUUUUUCCCUCAGAAUGUUGUUCCAUAUGUCGAGACUCCAUUGUUUAUAAUCAACUCACACUAUGACUCUUGGCAGAUUGAAAAUAUUUUGGUUCCUAAAUACCUCGAUCCUCAACAUGUCUGGGACGAUUGCAAGAAACAAAUAAGCAACUGCACAUUUAGCCAACGUUUAAUUAUUCAAGUUUUUGGAGUGGAAUUUUUGAAGGCAUUUGAGGGACUCGACCCUUCUUUUAUGAGGGGUUAUUUCAUCACAUCUUGCCAUUUUCAUGGUGCAAUUAUGUCGACGAAUUUCUGGUUGAGUCCUACCUCUCCAAGAUUACUUCAUAAGACAAUUGGUGAAGCUGUUGGGGAUUGGUUUUUUGACAGAGCAGGGUUUCAAUACAUAGACCUAUAUCCUUGUGCUCGAGAUUGCGAGCUACUAUAA